CGUCAGCAACAGUACCACGUCAGCAGUGCCCCGCCACCAUGACGGGCUCAGCUUUGGGCAUGCCAGGCCAACUGGCCAACGAGUCCAUUGCCAAGUACAAACAGCGGUUCCAGACUCAGCUCGCACUGAUCGAGGCUGAGGAACAGCGCCAGGUGGCAGCCGAGGCUGUCUGCCUACAGGCUGAAGCGGCGGCAACAAUUGAGAAGCAGCGACUUCAAGCCGAAGCUGAAGCAGAUACUCAGGCACGCCGCAAGGAGGCCCAGGAUCUGCUACAUCGGUAUGCGGCCACCAGCAUAGAAAAGCUCAAGUUUUGGCACUUUGAACCAUCCGAGGAGCACGACGACACGACACCGGAAGAGCAGCACAAGGAAUUCAUGGCCAAACUCGUGACUAGGUUGGACUUGGAGCAAACUGCACCAAGAUCGGAGGCUGGCGAGUCCAGCAGUGCACCCUCUGCCCGCCAACUGGAGGAACGAGUUGACCACGUAGUCGCAAUGCUCGGCGACAUCAGUACCUUCGUUGUACCAGCCACCAUCAGCAACCAGCCGGACACCUUGAAGACCGAGGUUCAGCAACUGCAGCUGCCUAACAAAGAUGGCAACACCGCGCAGCAUUACAAGAUGUCGACAUUCCAAAUCGAGAAGUUCGAUGAUUAUACGCAUCAAGACCUGGUCCUCUGGUGGGAGGGCUUUACAACGCAACUUCGGAUUCUGUUCAUCGCCAAGCACGCGUACAUCGGCGCCCUGUUCCUCAACUCAAAGGGCGGAUGCCAGAUCUGGUUGAGCCACCUGGCAACCGUCCACGGCGUCGACGUCGCAGAUCUGAAAGAUAAGAUCUCUUGGGAAGAGUUAAUACGGCUAUGGAAGAAGCGGUUCAUCGUGGACGACGCCCCGACGCUCGCCAUCAACCGCCUCUUCGCUAUGACGCAAGGCAACACAGCAACACGUGACUGGCUCACGGAAUGGCAAAAGAUCGCGGCAACGCCCAAUCUUGAAUUGCCAUUUUCGCAUCUGCGCCGCGAGUUCUACAACCGGUCAUGUGCCGCCUUGAGCCUUGCACUUGGUGAUCGCGAGCAAUACAUGACCUUCGCCGAAAUCGUCGACAAGGCAAGGGAGAUCAUCAAGACCAAUAGGGCAACUGCACACGAGAGAUCAGCAUGGCAGCCAACCUAUGUGGAGAAGGUGAAAACUGGUCCGCGUGGCUGCUGUCCAGCCGCGAAGCAACAACAAGUCCUGAGGGAACGGGAAGGCGAAAACCGCAUCGCCGGCCGGAAACGGAUAGCCAGCACCAUGGCUCAAGUUUCACUUGACCGAGGCAGAAUACAAGUGGCGCGGCCGCUAUGGCUGCUGCUAUUGGUGCAACAGCACCAAGCACAAGACCUCCCAAUGCCUGGAUCAAGGCAAGGAGGAUGUUCGACCUCGUAUCAACUCGGGAAACUGAGUUCCGUGGGAGGUGAGGCAACUCCACCUCUCACUCCACCAGAUUCAGUCGCCUUGCUAGCGGCCUCCUACACAUCUGGGGAGGAUUCGAAUGUCGCAAGUUCUCGGAACACUUACGAGGACUAUGCUGUCCACUUGGUCCCACCGUUGGACCAACCGCUCCACGUGCAACAAUCUGCAUGCACGGUUUCACUACCAUCGGCAAUCGAGUCGGCAGCUUCGCCGCCAUCUAUCGUCGGGGAUUCGACGACAUGGUCAAGACUUGAAGAGCUCGACCCGUUGACGUUUGUGGACUUCCAAUGGAUGUCCCUUCCUCGGUCCGGUCGAUUGCCGAAAUCGCAUCGCAACAUGCUCAUGGCACAAUUGCGGGAUUACUUGCACACUGCAGUACCAACUCCGUUGAUGGACGCCGGAGUAGAGGUUGUCGACCUUCACGCCUACAUUGCGAAGAUUGACCGCGAGUUCAAGACACAACGGUACGACGACAUCGACGCACCAUUGUUAUAUGUACGCAUUCAGAUCGGAGAGGCGACCUGCACCGCUUUGAUCGAUUGCGGAGCAUCUCGCAACUACAUGAGCCAGGACUUUAUGGUACGCGUCGGCCUUGGCCCACGCGUCCGGAGGAAGUCCCAACCUACGCAAGUCACGUUGGCGGACGGUCACACGCACAAGUUAAUAGACCGGUGCAUAAAUGACGUCCCCGUGUACUUUGCCCCGCAUGCAAGCGAGGCGGUGUCCUUCGAUAUUUUGGACACCAAAUUCGACAUGAUCUUGGGCAUGUCAUGGCUGCGAAGCGAGGAUCACCCGGUGAACUUCUACCGCCGCACCAUUCACGUUCGUGAUCGGAACGGAGUAUUAGUCCCAUGCACGGUGGCUCCUCCUCACCCUUCGAUCAGCUGCCACGUGGUGUCCGCCGCAAGCAUGCGAGCUUCCAUCAUCAGAGACGACAUCGAGGAGAUGGGGGUGUGUUUUCUCCACGCCCUCCCGCACCAUGACGCUUUAUCGACGGACUCAUCUUCGGACCCAUGCAUCACCGAGCUUCUCGACGCCUACGGCGACGUGUUCGAAGGCCUGCACGGAGUCGUACCGGAUCGGCCCAUCCGCCACGAGAUCAUCCUUGAGGACAGUGUUGUACCUCCGCACGGUUGCAUCUACCGAAUGAGCAAGGAAGAGUUAAGUGUGCUACGGGCACAACUCGACGACCUUCUAAAGAAAGGCUGGAUUCGGCCUAGCUCAUCGCCAUACAGUCCUCCCGUUCUCUUCGUCCGGAAGAAGAACAAGGAUUUGCGAUUGUGCAUCGAUUAUCGCAAGCUCAACGCGCAAACGAUCAGAAACGUCGGCCCUCUUCCACGCAUCGACGACCUUCUCGAACGGCUGGGCGGCGCCAAGUUCUUCUCCAAACUUGACCUCGAGUCGGGAUAUCACCAACUCGAGAUUCGGCAGGAGGACCGCUACAAGACCGGGUUUAAGACGCGAUAUGGGCAUUUUGAAUGGCUGGUUAUGCCAUUUGGCCUUACGAAUGCCCCGACCACUUUCCAAGCGGCUAUGACAACGGAGUUCCGGCACAUGCUGGAUCGAUUCGUACUUAUCUACCUCUAUGACAUUUUGGUGUACAGUCGGAGUUUGGACGAGCAUGUGGAGCACUUGCGCACCGUUUUGGAGCGGCUACGACAAGCCAAGUACAAACCCAACCGCGACAAAUGCGAAUUCACGCGGCAGGAGCUGGAGUACUUGGGACAUUAUGUGACGCCGCAAGGCAUCCGUGCGCUUGCGGACAAGAUCGAGGCCCUCCGCGUACGGCACGAGCCCACCAACACCACGGACGUUCGUUCAUUCAUGGGGUUGGCGGGUUACUAUCAACGAUUCAUCAUCGGGUACUCGAGGAUUGUUGCACCUAUGAUGAGAUUACAAUCGCCAAAGGUGCCAUUCAUAUUCGAUGACGACGCACGCUGGUCAUUCCAAGCACUCAAGACGGCCAUGCUCAUGGCACCCGUCCUUAGCAUCUAUGACCCCACCCUGCCUACGAGAGUGACAACGGACCCUUCCGGCUAUGGCAUUGGGGCAGUCUUGGAACAACAGGAUGGCGACAACUGGCACCCUGUGGAGUAUUUCAGCCACAAAGUGUCUCCCAUCAAUUCGCUUGAUGAUGCAAGGAAGAAGGAGCUGCUCGCGUUCAUGAUGGCUCUCAAGCGAUGGCGGCACUUCCUCCUUGGGCGUCGUAGGUUCACAUGGGUCACGGACAACAACCCAUUGACCUACUACAAGACGCAGGAUACGGUGAGCAGCACGAUCGGACGAUGGAUGUACUUCAUCGACCAAUUUGACUUCACACCAAAACAUCUCCCGGCCUCUCCAAUUGCGCGGCAGAUGCACUCUCGCGAAGACCCGAUCUUUGCCCCAUGACACAUCAUGCCUUCGCAUUCGACGAGGAACUCCAGCGACACUUCAUCCGGGGCUAUGAGUCUG